AUGAGCAAAUCCAAGAAAGACGAGGGAUCGCUGGGCCAGCUUAUGGCCGCCGGAGUGCUCGCCGGCACGGCAGAGAUCGCCCUCACCUAUCCAUUCGAGUACCUCAAAGUACGCUCGCAGCUGCCCCCCGGUCUGUCGAACCGCAUCGGACCGAUGGGCAAGACGGUGAGGAUAUACACCGGGCAGUUGCAGGAUGAGCAGGGCGUGGUGUCGCCGCCAAAGGCGUUGGCGGCGGGGCUUUGUGCGGGAUUUUUUGAGUCGGUCAUUUUGGUUCCGUUUGAGCAUGCCAAAAUCCGCCAAAUCAGUUCUUUGAAAAAACCCCCACCAGGAACCCGCGCCGUCUUCUCACGGAUCUUCCAGCUCCACGGUCCGUUUGGUCUCUUCUACGGCUUCCUCCCCACGCUCUUCAGACAGGGCUGUUCCUCCGCGCUCCGGUUCACGGCAUACAACUCGCUCCGGCAGAUGGCGAGCGGGUUCGUGACCCCCGGCGAGCGAAUGUCGAACACGAUGAGCGGCUCGAUCGAGCUUUUUGCGUGCUAUGCGGCCGUGCUGUUUACGAUGCCGAUCGACGUCGUCAAAACCCGCGUGCAGACAUUCAGCGGUCGGCAGGCGGCGAACAGCAGCAGUUUGCUCUGCGCGUACAACAUCUUCACGAAAGAAGGCUUCCGUCCCUUGUUUGCCGGUCUGCUGCCGCGGAUUAUACGCGUGUCGGUCGCGAGCGUGCUCAUGUUCCAGAUCUAUGAGAAUGCGUAUAAGCUCACUACGGCUGCGACCAAUCUCUUGGGUAUCGAGAGUGAGCCCAGUAGCAGUAGUGGCGGCGAGGGCGAGCAGGCAAAGGUGCGAGGAUACCGUGUGAUGGAUCUGGCGUUUCUGUUUGUCUUCUAUGUCUUCUACUACGAGGAGCUUUAA